AUGGCUUCACCUGCAUUGGGGGGUAUACCGCCUAAAAGACCCGCGAAAAGAGAUACGACCUCUUUGAAUAUGACAACAUCGUCGAAUCCCACAAUACCAUCAUCGAUACCAUCAUCGAUACCAUCAUCGAUACCAUCAACCGCAACAUCAACUACUACGUCCAACCCAAAUCGAAAUUCGAAUCCAAGCACAUCAGGACCAACAGCAAUGUCAAUGUCAAACUCGACAUUGAACCAAACUGUCCACUCAAUCGCGAAUGGAAAUUCCAGUACGACGACGACGACAACGAGUGGAUUCAAAGCUCGUGAUCCAGCUAUCGAAAGAGCGUUACAAUUGUCAACGUUUGAAAGUAAUUAUAGUACAGAAGAUUUCAUCUCUACCCUGAGCGAGAAAUUGAUCAGUGAAUCCAAAUCAAAUCCUGGGGCUUUCAAUCCACAACCAUUUCUAUCAACUUUUUCACCGGCAUUAGAUUCGUUGUUAUCUUUAAGGCAACAAGUAGCUGAAAGAACUAAAAAAAUGGAAACUGAUGUAAGAAGAGCAGAGAGAGAAUACGGAAGAAGAUUAAGAGAAUUAGAUGGUGGUUUCGAGGCAAUAGGAAAUUCAUUCGAAAAUCUUGAAAGUAAAAUUACGGAUGUUGGACGUACAGCCGUUCGAAUAGGAGAACAACUUGACACGUUACACCAAACGAGAUCAACCGCUCAGUCAACUUCAUUAUUAUUAUCAUAUUACUUAUCAUUAUCACAUCAAACAUCCGUUACUUCACCUGAUGGAAGUUCUUCAACUCCAUUGGAAGCUUUAUUCGCUACUAGAAGUUCAAGAGAAGGUAGAAGUAGAUUAGCAGUGAUACUAAGAAGAUUAAUGGCAGUAGCUAAAGAUGUAGCGGAUAACUCAACGACAGCUCUUAAUGAAGCUGAAUCAAAUAUAAACGCAAAUCAACAAGCUCAAGCUCAAACCCAAACUCAGACUCCAAAAGACCCUUCUUCUUCGUCUUCUGGUCCAGAUGGUGCUGGUAGAGGAGAUAAUCAAACACCAACAUCAGCAACACCGAAGAUCAUAGGUAAAAGGAAGGUGGAAAAGGAAAAAGCGGAAAGAGUAAGAGAUGAGAUUGAAAGAUAUUGUGAAAAAUUCGAGAAGGAAGUCUUGAGAUUAUUCGAUAGAAGUUAUAGGAAAGGUGAUCCUAGAAUGAUGGCUCACUGCGCAAAAACGUUACAAGAUUUCAACGGGGGUGCAUCAUGUGUACAAAUAUAUGUGAAUCAACACGACUUCUUCAUUUCGAAAGAUAGAUUACUGGAAGAAGCUGUCAAAGUAGAAAGUACUGUGGAUGGUGAAAAACCAGUAGAUUUAUGGACCACGAUUGGGGAUCCUGAUCAACCAGCUCCGACCAGCGAACCUGGAAUGGAAGCUCUGUUCAAAGAAAUCAGAGUAACAGUCAGUCAAGAAGCUCAAAUUGUUAAAGCUGUUUUCCCGAACCCCAGUGCUGUUUUACAAGUCUUCUUACAAAGAGUCUUUGCUCAAGUUAUUCAACAACAUCUUGAAUCGCUCCUGUCAAGGGCAUCAACAAUAUCGACUUUGGCUUUACUCCGAAUCCUUCAUCUCACACAUUCUAUCUGCUCGACACUUGUUGACGAUCUGAAAACAUAUGAUCUUACGCUUGGCGCCCCGUUAACCACUUCAUCCAAAAGUCCAUCUUCAGCAAGUGGCCCACUAGCUAUGAUGCUGGAUCACACAUUGGAAGAGAUGUUCGUUCCUUGGUUGGAAGGAACCAGGUAUCUGGAAAGUGAGAGCAAAAACCUGGUAGAGUUAUAUGCUGGAUUGUUGAGCCGAUUUACAAGAUAUCAUGAAACUGUUCUCAAAGCGAAACCAAACAGUCUAUUGGACAAAGUAGUGAAUCAGCUUGCCACAUCCAGUACAGCAGCGACGUCAUCUUCCACAGCUCAAACGGCAGCAGCGGCAAUAUCCAAAUAUGCUAAUCUAUUCACAUCAAAAACAGGCGGUACUUCUACACCUUCAAUGCCUUCAAAGCCUUUCGGACCGAAUGCAAAUCAUCUUCAAGGUAGUAAACUUGCAAUGGAUGCAAGUGGGGCACAAACUCCUAACAUGCCCACGAGACCUGGAAUGCAAAGACAAGAUACGACAGCAUUAAAAGGAGAUUUAGUCAAUAAAUCAUUGGAAGAUAAAGUAUGGUCAGCAGAUGGUGUUUUGACGAUCGAAAUGGCUGAAAGAAUGUUAAAAUGGCAUGCUGAAGCGGUAGGGAGAGCUGUCGAAUUGAGUUCUUCAACUGAUGUCGGCAAAAACGCUUUGGCUUUAUCAAAGGUUUUAUCAGAAGCGAUAGGAAGAAGUUUCAUUGAAACCGCUUUGGAUUCAGCUCUAGCAAAACUUGAAAAUCAAGAAUCCAGAAACGAACCUGAUCUACAACCAAUGACAGUUAUCAGACCUUGCGAUCAUAUUUGUCAUUUAUGGCAAAGAUACACCUCAACUGCAUUAUUACCUCUAUCAGGAAAUACAGUAGCUAUAAGACGUGAAAUGGUGACUAUAAACUCACAUAACGUGGUAAGGAUGGAAGGAAAAAUCAAUAAUGUCAUACAAAAAGCUAUAGACAGUAUCGUAUCUCACCUAUCAUACCUUUUGACCAAACAAAAGAAGAAUGAUUACAAACCGAAAAACGACGAAUUAUCUUUUGCAAGAACUAUAACGGAACCAUGUGAAUUAUGCUGUGAAUUCUUAGCCACGAUAAAAGAGACUGUCCUCGAAGGUUUGAGUGGCAAGAAUGCGGAAGCUUUCUUGACUGAAGUCGGAGUAUCAUUCCAUAGUCUAUUGCUUGAUCAUUACAAGAGAUUCCCAGUGAAUCCCACCGGUGGAUUGAUGUUGACGAAGGAUCUCGCUUCGUAUCAAGAAGCAAUGUCAUCAUAUAAUAUACCGGCGAUCAACGAUCGGUUUGACAUGAUACGUCAAUUAGGAAACUCAUUUAUCGUUCAACCCAACGUCUUGAAAUCCUAUAUGACGGAAUCACACUUAGGUAGAAUUGACGCCAGGUUUUUGAAACCGUAUUUAGCGCAAAGAUCAGAUUAUUCACAAUUCUCAAGAUCACUUCAAAUCGAUAAUGAACCUUUGACGAAUACCAUUGUUACCAAUGAAGGUCAUCCAUCUUCUUCUUCAUCAUCUUCAUCCAAUUUCGUUUCUGGGAAUGGCAAUGUUUCCAAUUCGACCAUAACAAAUAUAUCUUCAUCCAUGUUAAAUAGAUCGUCCUCGUUUGGACCUGGAUCAGGCAGAUUCAAGGCUCAAUCCAAUAGAUUAUCAGGUGUAGCGGGUGUAGGUAUGGGUAAAUUAAAAGAAAUGUUAAAAGAAUUCGAAACUCUUUCUCCUGAAGAAGCUGAUCAAGCUAAGAAGAAUGUAUCGAAAAAUAAUUAUCAACCUAUGUUUUAUAUGGGUAUUCAUUAA